UGACAGGGCUGUCAGGGUCAGAUGGCUGCUCAGCCUGAUUACGCUGUAGAUCCUGCUGCUGCCAACGGACUCCAGAGUGCAGUGCAUCUCGCUUCGGGAGCUGAGAGCUUCAGGUGGCUGCAGACGAUCAGACUAUCCUAGCAGGUGUUGGAGUGAAGUCUCUAUUUGGAGAUGACACGGCAAAUCUAAGCGAGCUCCCAGUUGAUGGCGUUUGUUCGACAAAGUGGUGACUACUGCCACGCCCAACACUAAUAGACCCAAUCGAUGAUGUUUUUGUACCACGCAGUCUUGGGACCCUGAAUCCUAAACAAACACUCACACCGCGCCUGAUGGGGUAAAAAGUGGAGCUCCAACAUAUGAAACUAAGCCCAGAAGGAUCGCAAGUCCAUCUCCUGCAGAACAUCAAGGGUUGAAGACAAGAACUGUGUGAUAGGCAAACACAGAACUGACACUCCUGGACGACGGAAUACAUACAACUGAUGGGGUAAAACACUGUUUAAGACAACAAAACCGCAAAAUUUGUCAGCGCUACGAACAUUUCUAUCCAUCAAGUUUUUAUUAGAAGACUUCACAACCGAGUGUACGACUGAAACUAAAGGUCAGAAGUCUUUGUGUGACAAAAGCUACAUUGUUCAUCAUGAAUCGUCCUGCUCCUGUGGAACUGAGCCACAAGAACAUGAGAUUUCUCAUUACCCACAAUCCAACAGACAGCACACUCAGCUCCUUUAUUGAGGACCUGAAGCGAUAUGGGGCUACAACAGUGGUCCGAGUGUGUGACAUCACGUACGACAAAACACCACUGGAGAAAGAUGGCAUUACAGUGGUGGAUUGGCCUUUUGAUGAUGGAGCUCCGCCGCCGAGUAAGCUCGUUGACGAUUGGUUGAGUCUGCUGAAGAAGAAAUUUCAGGAAGAUCCAGGAUGCUGUGUGGCAGUUCACUGCGUAGCAGGCCUCGGAAGGGCUCCUGUGCUGGUUGCGCUGGCUUUGAUAGAGAGUGGGAUGAAGUAUGAAGACGCUAUUCAGCUGAUCCGACAGAAGCGGCGUGGCGCCAUCAACAGUAAGCAACUAACUUACCUGGAGAAAUAUCGGUCGAAGCAGCGACUGCGCUUCAAAGACUCUCACACACCAAAGAACAAGUGUUGCACGAUGUGAACACACGCAAGCACAGAGACAAUCGAAACAUUGGGGACACUCCAAAAGAAGAUCGCUCUCAGGAAUACAUCCAUACAAGGCUUUUAGCACCUUCACACAUAAUCAGGCCUACCAUGUGUAAAUACUGUAGGCCUUAGCAGCCCCCAAGAAAUUCAUGAAUGCUUUUUUUUCUAGACUUCUUUCACUUUUCCCCGUUUGUAAAAACUUUGGGUCUUUAAACGAGUAUUAUACUUUGCUCCAGUAGAUAGAACAGGGAUGAGAGAAUGGAAAAAAAAAAGUCUGCUUGUUGAGGCUUUAUGAAGUUGCUUAGUAACAAACGGGACAGUUCAUUGGAGAAAGGCAGGUUCAUCUCACAGCAUGUGACCAAAAAUGUUAAUUUUGAACUCAAUUAUGUAAGGGCUGUAUUGUCCUACAGAAUAUAUUACAUCUGGUUAUAUUUUACAUAUAAUAGCAUAAUUUAUUGACAGUUUAAUUCUGUUCAGACAGUUUCACAGUUGCCCAAAUUUCGCCAACUUUUAAAAACAAAGGCUGAUGGUGUCCUAUUAUAUUCUGAUAUUUAUUGCAUGAAACUUUGUCAAUGCUACACAUGGUCCCCGCAAAGCCUUCUCUUUUGGUUUUCACAGCCAAUGUUUUCUUUAAAAAAUAUGUGUUUACAUUUCAGAAUGGGUCAGCACGGUGGAACAUGGGGUUAGUAUAUGUGCCUCACAAUACGAAGAUCCUGGGUUCGAUCUCUUUCUGUGUGGAGUUUGCAUGUUCCCCCCGUGACUGCGUGGGUUCCCUCCGGGUACUCCGGCUUCCUCCCACCUCCAAAGACAUGCACCUGGGGAUAGGUUGAUUGGCAACACUAAAUUGGCCCUAGUGUGUGAAUGUGAGUGUGAAUGUUGUCUGUCUAUCUGUGUUGGCCCUGUGAUGAGGUGGCGACUUGUCCAGGGUGUACCCCGCCUUCCGCCCGAAUGCAGCUGAGAUAGGCUCCAGCACCCCCCGUGACCCCGAAAGGGACAAGCGGUAGAAAAUGGAUGGAUGGAUGGAUGGAUGGCAUUUCAGAAUGUACAUUUUGUUCUCAAAUGAUUUGUGGUAUAGGAAAAAUUUGGGAUAAGCAAUAACCAUACAUUGUAUAUUAUAAAUAUAAGAUGUGGCCUAAAUGUAAAUAUAAAGUAAUAUAUGUGGCGCCAUUGUCUCGUGUGUCGUUC